GGAAAGUUUGUUGACGAAUUGACUGAAAGUGCUUUGUUUACAUGUGGUUUUAGUGCUUUUUAUACAAUUUUAAACAAGGAUAAUCACAUUUAACCCGCUAUGACACCGACGAGAAAGUCCUGUGACAAUGAGGAAGAUGAAGUUUCGCCAGGAAGGAUUGAAAAUCCGAUGAAAAAAGCACAAAAACAACAGAGGAAGAAACCUAACCUAAAAAUCCGCAAGAGGAAGGUGUUUCGCAUGACACAGGAGAAAUUGGACAACACAUUGAAGGCGCUCAAAGGUGAAUCAGAAGCUUCUCACUCUGGAUGUUUUCAGUCACUUUCCUCCAAGUCCCGGAACAAUCAUCCGCUGCUGUCUUACAACAGGCUUCUUCAGGAGCUGCAAAACUGUGCUGACAAGCAAGAUUGGGCUCUAUUUGCCAAGUACAUUUUGCGCCUGGGCACAGGUCAUGUGGACAAGCGAUUUAAUAAUGUGCAUUUGAAGAUGGCAAUCAUGGGUCUGGCAUUCGAUCCCAUGGCAAGGAAGAGCAAUCUUCUGUGUGAAUUCAUGGAGAUGCUGAUGAGAUAUUGGCGCCAAGAAGGUUUUCUUCCAGCUGAAGAGGCGACGAAGAGGAUUUUCUCAAUUCUAUAAGCACCACACAAAACACCCCGUAAAUCAGUCACAUAAUCGCCGAUUGUUCGAUUUAACUCUACGUGAGUGAAGAAAGUGGUGAAGAGCCUGGGAAAUUCUCAAGAUUGAGGAGUCGAUUAGAUAAGCCAUUGCCUAUAAAUUUAGCAAUCGUAGUAGAAUUCUCGAGUAAUAAUCAGUUGGUGAAGCAAUGGCGAUCAAGUUGGUUGUAUUUGGCGCGCUUUUGGCCACGGCACUAGGUCUGCACGUGCCGGACGCCAGUCCUCGAAUUGUGGGCGGUUCUGACGCCUUUCCCGGCCAGUUUCCUCACACGGUGUCCCUGCGGACGCUCAAUUAUGCCCACUUCUGCGCCGGCAGUCUGGUGUCCAUCUCCUGGGUGCUCACGUCGGCGCACUGCACGCUCGGACGUGCGGACGACGGCGUGAUCGUGGUGGCGGGCAGUGUGCAGCUGAGUCAGUUCCAGGAGGAGCGCCAGAGUCAGCGCGUGGUGUCGCAUCCCAACUUCAACGCCAACACGAUGGCCUACGACAUUGCGCUCGUGCACACGGCACAGCCCUUCCCCAUCACGCCCAGCAUCCGGCCGAUCGCCAUGGCCAACGGCACGCUGCCGGCGGGCAUCACGGGCGUCCUCUCAGCCUGGGGACACACUUCGUAUCCCGGCGGAGAGUUGAAUGACAAUCUCCAGUGGCUGUUCGUCUCCACCAUCGGUCAGGACGACUGCAGGUCGCGCGUCCCGGCGGCCGAUCAGUCCUUUGUGCACGACAACACCGUGUGUACGGUGCGCGAGAACCCAGGCCACGGUCUCUGCCUGGGCAAUCUGGGCGGCAGUCUGCUGGUGGGCAACUCCAUUGCCGCCGUGGCGUCCUGGCACAUCGGCUGCGCCGUCGGUUAUCCGGACAAUCACGCUCGAGUGGCGUCGCACAUCCCUUGGAUUCACUCCGUCAUGAUCGGAGGCUGAGCAAUAAAUCAAUCCC